UAUCCUAAACCUCCAAUUUUCCCUGCCGGUAGUGUUCCAUCACUCAACAACUAUUUCACCAGACAUUUCUAGCGGCGCUGAAUAUAGGGAGUUAUGAAUUCUGGCAUCCUAUUCGUCAGCUAUAUGUGUUCCUGUUUCGUCAGAAGUGACGCAUUUUAGCGUGCGGUUGAUAUUGGGUGUGGUGGGGAUGGUGUAGGGUACAUAUUGAACAAGAUCACUGCUGUUGCUGCUUGUGUGCAAGGAGGAAGAGGGCUGUGAACAUCCCCAGCAAAUAAUCAGCAACAGGAACUGCUCAUCAUCAACAUGGCUGCCCCUAUUUACAAUCCAGGCAUCCCCUACUGUGAGAUGAUUCCGGGCGGGCCGCUCCUGCCUGGCCGCAUGAUCCGAAUCCAGGCAUCUUCCUACCCGAAUGCCUCCAGGUUCGCAGUAAACCUGCAGGUGGGGCCGAACGUGAACCCCCGAGACGACAUCGCGAUGCACGUGAACGUGCGCUAUGACGAAAACUGCGUCGUGCGCAACUCGCUGAUCUACCAGAGCUGGGGCGACGAGGAGCGGCACCCCAACUUCAUGCCCCUGCAGCGGGGCGCCAGCUUUGAGAUUCUGAUCUUGUGCGAGCCGUCCGAGUACAAGGUGGCCAUUAACGGGCAGCACUUCUGCGAGUUCCGGCACCGGAUGGCGCCGCAGAACGCCACCUUCUUCUCCAUCGACGGCGACAUUAACGUCACCAUGCUGGCAUUCGAGGGCGGAUCGCCGCCCGGCGCCCCCGGCUACAUGCCGGCCGCCGCCGCUGCGUACGGUGCGACCCAGUCCAGUCCGUACGGCGCGCCGCCGUCGCCCUACGGCGCGCAGCCGUCGCCCUACGGCGCACCGCCCGGCGGCUACGGCGCGGCGCCGUCGCCCUACGGCGCGGCGCCGUCGCCCUACGGCCCGCCGCCCGGCGGCUAUGGCCCGCAAGGCGGCUACGGGCCGCCGCCGCCGCCCUACAGCUCGACAAAUCCCUACCCGCAUCCCCACGGAGCCGGUGGCUACCCUGCGGGAUAUCAGGCCGGAGGGUACAGCGCGCCCGCCUACGCAAGCUACGGCAAGCCCCACAAGAAGGACAAGAAGUCGAAAUUGGCUAAAUACGGCGUGCCGCUGGCGGCCGGCCUGGGCGGUGCGUACGUGCUGAACAAGGCGACGCACGGCAUCGGCCACGGAUUCGGCCAUGCCUUCGGACACGGCUCCGGCAGCUCCAGCUCGUCCAGCAGCGAGGAGGAGUGACGCGCGUCGGUUGUCGGCGGGUACAGCGGGACAGGACGGGACGGGACGGGGUGCCGCACCGGAGGCGCGUCGGCGGCGAGCGGCGCCGUAGCCAGCGUGACACAGACUGCUCGUGGAUCACCGCGCCGCUGCGCCGCUGUGAGGAGAGGAACGUGUCCUUAACCUCCGCAUCGGGUCUGUGAGUCUGUUUCGUUGUGCAUCUUUGACUGACAUGCGGACGGAUCAUUUUGCAUGUGGUCGCAGAUGCGGGUUUGUCACUGUCAUGAAAGAUGAACGGAUGUGUUACGGAAUGUGUAACAAAAUUAGGCAGUUGUGGGGUAUGUGUAUGGAAAAUUUAUUACGAAACAACAACUGCUACCAAGUAUGGGUAUAGACAAUAUUAUGCUGUAGGUAAGGUCAUGGUAGCCGUGGAUGACAAGUGAGUAGGUAGGUUUGCGGAGUGCGUCAGGGGAAGUCUGUAUUUGUGUGUCCCGUUUACCGGAAAGCAUUGAGGAAGGCGGUGAAGGCUAGGUCGGAUGUUGAUCGGCCACGUUCAGAUAAUCACGGUCGAGGAUAGACUUGCUGUUUGGUGUGUUCAGCGACUUGUAACCCCCUCACAUCUCGCUUAGUGUCGCCGGAUGGCGUGGCCGUUGAGCCACGGUGCUGUAAUUGUAUUGAUCCAAUUUUACUGUAUCGUCUAGCCUUUGGACCGACCACGCGGGAUGGAAGUAGUCGUGUAUCCUCAGUCUAGAGGCUCCCGACAGACUUGUUACAAUAUAUCGUGUAUGGACUGUUG